CUGUUGUCAGACUGUACAUGCUAUUGCAAGUGAAUUUAACAAGAACAGAUCUUAUUUACACUGUUUGUUUAUCGACUAGAUCGACUAGAUUUGUGUACGACACACGGCAGACACAAAUUAUUACACGCACCAUUAACGUUGGUGAUCGACAAGGUUACAAGGUGGUGCGUGGUGCAUGACGUUUGCGCGUACAGCAUUUUCGGAAGUUGGUUGCCGUGCCGGGGGGUGUAGUGGAAUUGUAAUUAAACGCGUGUGCGCACAUUUGAACCGGUUGGAAGUGAAGCAGUGGUGCAUGUGUGUAUGGCAUUUCGGUUACAUUUCUGUGUGGGGAGGGAACGCAAUUGUGUUUCCCAUGAAUGAAAAUCGAAACAUGCAUUACAAUUUGCAUGCACCCUGGCUGGGUGUCUACAAUUCAGAACUCAUUGGCGGUAGAAGUAGAAAGCGCACUCCGCCCAGUCGGCAACGGGUGGGGAGAUGCCAAUCAUGAGUGAUUUGAUGGUGUUUUGUGGUUUUGGUGAGAUUUUAUUGGCGUAUUGUAAGGCGCAGUACAACCGCAGGGUGCAAUUGCAUCUUUCCAAGCACAUGGUAGCAUUGAACGGUUGGGCUUUUAUGGGGUCACACCAUCUUUGCACGUUCUCGGUGAGUGGUUUUUAAGGAUGAUUUGCACGGCGUCUGCAUCACCACGGCAAUUAAAUGGUGCUCAAAGGUGAAAUGAAUGAAACAUGACGUUAAACUGGGUGUGACAAAAUUAAGCGCUAGAGUGCAUUUCUCCCUACCAUGAGAAUGAUAUUUAAUGAAGUUGCGUUUAACACAACGCACUUCCUUGCAGUGGACCAAAGGUUGGUUGCAAAGGUGCGAUUAUUUAUGAAUUUAUUGCAUUUUAAGUAUUUCUUUCGCUUCUUUUUACUGAUGGAUUUAUGAAACGUUGCAAUGCACUUCUAUUUCAACAAAAUUUGUAAACGAACACUUGAUACAUUUUAAGCAACCCUUACACCAAACUUUGAUUGCACAUACCGUUCUGCGGUUAGUUUGCAAGUUGUUAAAAAACCGGUUAUCACCCAAACUGAAACCUUCCACUGCUCCGUAGUGCACCCUCGGGCGGUAUGUUAACUACUACUAGAAACACAAUAUGCAAGACAGUGAAUUGAUAACACGUUUGGUAGCCUCCGCUAGUGACGUAGCCCAAUGGUAUAUGCAGCGUGUUCUGGCCACGCAGUGCCACUGAACCGUGACCGGCACGGUGUACAACCGGGUUUUUGGGUGUGUUAUCAUGUUUCCGGGGGCACGGUAUGCACCUAAGACACUUUUCCACACCUUUGCGAAUGGUUUUAGCACCUGGCAAAGCGCUAAUGAUGAGACCGAGCACGCACGCACUCACGCUAGUAUGGUCGACGAACCGUGAAUAUGAGUUCAUAAGUUCGAUUCGAUUCUACUUCGCAACCACAUCCCGUACCCCCAUCCUUCCGCACCUACCGCCAAUCGCGAUUCGUUAAUGAUGCGAGGAAUUUGAAGUUUACAGUUGAACGAUCGUGUGAUCAGUUGACUGACAAGACGAUCUCCUGCCGGACAAUAUCUUUCAUGCUUCAGGGGCAUCGGGUGUAGCACAAGCCGCAGAGGGGCUUGUGCGCGUGCCGCGGAUUAGACAAACUUGUUUCGCUACAACAUACAAGGACGAUCGCAACCGACGGUGGGCCUGUCUCCCGGAGCAGGGCCUGAUCCUUGUACAAGAUUGGCCGGCGUGGCUUCGCGAAAGGAAAUUACGUAAUUCAGGUUAAUCUGUUUCUUCCGAUGUAAGCGGCACAGAGAUGGCAGCCCGAUCGCUAUUAGCACUGCAGUUGCUACUAGUUCUGCAGCUUCAUCUUGCCUGGGGACAAUACUUCGGCCAGCAGCUUAAGGGUGUGCUUCAAUGGAAGGCAGCCGACUUUGCCUUUCCUACGCCACAGGAGCGUCAAGAGGCACUGGCAUCGGGACGAUACGUUCCAGAGAACUGCAUACCGCUCGACAUGGAUGUAGAUUAUUCUAAUCCCGCUCGAUCGCGUUUGUUUGUGACCAUUCCGCGAUUUGUAGAGGGCAUCCCGUACACGCUUGGGCGUGUGAGCCGCGUUCAAGGUCCUUCUGGUCCGCUGAUUGAGCCCUUUCCCAACGCAGCAAUACAGGCAAGACCUGAGACCAACAACUGCCAAGGAAUUGUGUCCGUGUUCCGCAUUAAGAUCGACGAAUGUAACCGUAUGUGGGUGCUCGAUACGGGAAAGAUUGGCGAAAAACGCAUCUGUCUGCCGCAGCUGGUAGUGAUUGACAUGAAGACGGAUAAAAUCAUCCAUCGCUAUCAAAUACCGGCCGAUCAGCUCGUGUGUGAACUGUCGCUGUUGGUAAACUUGCUUGUAGACGUACAGGACCCAUCACCGCUUGGAUCGUGCAAGAAUACGAAAGUAUACAUGGCGGAUGUCACUGCCCCGGCGAUGAUCGUGUACGAUAUGCCACGAGGCAAAUCAUGGCGCAUAACGAACAAACAAAUGCACCCCAACCCAGACCACGGUACCUUCACCAUCUCCAACGAGAGCUUCGAUCUGAUGGACGGCAUGGUGGCAAUGGCAUUGUCUCCGCGCAUACCAACGGACAAUGUGGUAUUUCAAUCAAACUACGGUACAAACUGGCGCCCGUCCAAUGACCGAUUGCUGUACUUCCAUGCGCUGGCAUCAGUGACAGAGAAUGCAGUACGCACCUCCGUGCUGCACAAUGACACCAUUUGGGAGGAAGACGUCGAAGCAAUGCCACGAGCCUUCCGCCCAAUUGGCGUACGACCGUCGCAGGCGGUAGCAGAGGCCAUGGACAGCAAUGGAAAUUUAUUCUUUGGAUUGGUUGGGCAGAAUGCGAUCGCGUGCUGGGACUCGACGACGCCUUACAAUCCGGCCAACAUGCGUAUCGUGUCACAAAACAGUGAAACAUUACAGUUCCCUAGCGGAGUAAAGAUCAUACGGAACCGCAAGGGAGCCGAGGAGCUGUGGGUGUUAACGUGCCGUUUCCAAAAGGUUAUGACGGGAUCGUUGAACACAAACGAGACCAAUUUCAGAAUACAGGCCAUACAGAUUCCGGAGAUUCUUGGAUACAAAAGCUCGUGUAGAGUGUAAAGUUUUGGUAUGAUGUGUAUGGGAGAUUGAGGGAGAAUGAUUACAAAUAAAACGUUACCAUUAAGAAAUAAUUAAA